GAAGAAACUGUAGGAGCAAGUGUGCAACGAUCCAACUUCUGGCACACUGUCCAGGUCUUCACGUUGACGCAAAACAUGCGCAUCGCUUCAACAGCUCACGCCAACGAAACAGAUUUUUCCAAAGCAUUCCCACAGUGGAUUCUGGAUAUAGGGGAUGGCAAGAUACCCGCACAGCCUGUGAAAGGUGAUCAUGAGGAUGACUAGAUUUUGCUCCCGGAGGAGGUGUUGUUAUCAGAGACUGGCAGAACUCUGGACGGGCUUCUGCACUAUGUCUAUGGUGACCUGCCUUCAAAGGAAUCUCCUACGUACUGGACAGACAGGGCGAUUCUGUCCCCAAGGAAUGAAGAUGUGCACGCUGUUAACACAUCCAUGCUGCACAGAACGGAAGGAGACCUUCAAGAAUACUUCAGUGCGGACACCGUCCCUUCAAGCGGCCCGGAGUGCCCGGAAAAUCAUGAAGCCUUAUACCCUGUCGAGUUCCUCAAUACGGUCACCCUCCCUGGAUUACCUGCCCAUUGUCUGCAGCUUAAGGUUGGCGCCCCGAUCAUCCUCCUCCGCAACCUCAACCAGGCUGCAGGACUUUGCAAUGGCACCCGGCUGGAAGUCCGGCGCCUCGGCCAGAGGGUUAUUGAAGCUGAGAUCAUCACUGGCACCCAUGUUGGUCAUGUGGUGUUCAUCCCAAGGAUUACAUUGGCGCCUGCAACCAAAAUACUCCCAUUCACACUACAGCGACGCCAAUUCCCUGUGCAGUUAGCAUUCGCCAUGACCAUCAACAAAUCCCAAGGCCAAACCCUGGCGAGGGUGGGAAUCUAUCUCCCAACUCCUGUUUUCACCCAUGGGCAGCUGUACGUUGCUGUCUCCCGGACAACAUCUGCUCAAGGAUUGCGUGUGCUCCCAGUUACGCCCCGUACCUCUCCCCACUUGCAGAAUUGCACCCGUAAUGUAGU